AUGGAUCGGGUGGUCUUUAGGGUGCGGCAGCUUCCGCCCCAUGUUGACCGACUAGAUGCUGUCCAGCUUGUCAGUAAGGCUCUGGGGGUCGAGCCGACAGCCAUCCGCAUCUUCUCUCUGGCACGCUCUGUUGACCCAUGGAUCCCGACCAAGAUUGCCACCCUUAUGUUCGAUGACGCCUCUGUGGCCACGGAGAUUCUUGAAGGGGCGAAACGACCGAACAUCAACAAGCGCGCCGACGAGUGGAAUGUCAAAGUCGACAGCUUGCCUCAUGAACUGAUCAUUGAUAAGCAUUUUCGAGGCUUGACUCCUUUGCAUGAUCCCACAUCCCAUGUCGCGGAUUGUAUUGCGAUAUCAGGACUGGCGAGCCACCCUUUCGGGUCCUGGCAGCCGCAAGGCGGCUCCAAGACGUUCAUGUGGAUUAGAGAUGCGUUACCGCAUUCGUUGCCGCACGUUAGGCCUAUUCUGUACGGCUACGAUACGACACUUCAUGGGAGCAGUUCAUUCCAAUCUAUCUUUGACAUAGCCUUGGGACUGAUUAAUCAACUGAAAGCUCACGGUUGGUCGUCGCCCAACUGCAAACCCCUGGCCUUCCUUGCGCAUAGUCUGGGAGGCAUUGUCUUGAAACAAGCAUUCAUCGCUCUUGCGAACAAAAUCGAGCGCGAUGAUCCUAUCCUUCGAUCCUCGCAUCUUAUGGCUUUAGUUGAGGGCCAACCAAACAGAGCACUCGUCGCGGAUCUCUCGCCUGAUUCCCUCUAUCUUCAACAGCUUGAUGUGCAGUUCAACGGAAUCUCUUGUCUCCAAGAAGCUCUACUUUUCUGGUGUUACGAAACCCAGAAGUCACCCACAGUGGUUCGAGAUUCGAAUGGAGAAUGGUCAAGAACGGGCCCUCAGGAGGUAUUGGUCACCCCCGACUCUGCUACGCAUGGAUUAUAUACCUCGGGCGGGAAGUCUCAGACGAUAUUUCCAAUAAAUGAAAAUCACUCUAGCAUGGUAAAAUUCUCGGAGAAUGAUCCAAACUUCUUGAUCGUCGUACAGAAACUGGCACAGAUUCUUUCUAUUGAAGGACUCACCCGCACCAGAAGCAACGAGUUUAGCGCACCUCGCCCAACACUCGAGGUAUUCAAUAACAAGAGUGACGGCCCUGGGCAUGCGCUUAUAAACAAAACCCCUUCAUACGAUGUUAUCCUGAAGUCACUCCAAGCACCUGAGAGAGAUCGCCGGCUUGAACAAAUCGAAGAAAAGUAUCAGAACACGUUUGACUGGAUAUACGAUCGGGCGGAGGCGAAUUUCAGUCAUUGGCUCCAGACGGGGAGCGGCCUUUUCUGGAUCAACGGCAAGCCAGGCUCAGGCAAAUCCACGUUAAUGAAGUUCAUAUUCCAGGAUCACCGGACUUCUGCUCUACUUCACAGCUGGAAUGGAAGCAGAAUGACCCGUGUGGCGUUCUUUUUCCAUUAUCGGGGGACUGCAAUGCAGAAAUCAUUCGAAGGCCUUCUUCGAAGCAUUCUGUCACAGCUCAUUAGAAACUGUCCGAACCUCUGCCGCUUCCUUCAACGACUAUUCGACCAAGAUUCCUUGACCCCGGAAGAUUGGACGUUGCAAAGAUUGCAGAGAGGCUUUCACGACAUUAUCAAGCAGGAUGAGGAACCACUACAUCUCUGCCUCUUUCUUGACGCCAUAGACGAAUAUGACGGACGGUUAGAGUUCAUAUGCAAGUUUCUCAUAGACUUAGGCUCGAUCCGUCCUACAGCCAAGAAGCAAGUCAAGGUGUGUUUCUCAAGUCGCCCUUGGGACAUUUUCAUGGUUACUUUCCGGCGCUGCCUUGGUUUCAGUAUCCAAGACUUCACCCAAGCAGACAUCGGGGACUAUUGUCUGGGAACUAUCAAGGAGGAACGGCUAUCAGCAGCCUCACUUGAGGAGCUGAUACCCGAAAUCGUUAUGCGCUCACGGGGCGUGUUCUUGUGGGUGAGACUGGUUGUCAAAGACCUUGCGGAUGCCACAAGGACAACACAGAUGUCCAAGAGCGAUUGCGAGGCAUUGCUAAACUCUUACCCCACCGAACUGGAAUUAUAUUACGGUGAAAUCGUCGAACGUAUCCCGCACGCGCAUAGAUGGAAAGCAUAUUCUAUGCUGGAAGUAGCAGUGCGAUCGAAAGAAUCAUUGCGCCCUGUCGAGUUUCUCUGUGCUGUCCAGUGCUCCGAGUGCAAGACCUUCCAAGAGGGUUGUAGCAUGCUACAGAAACUCAUGCACUCAAAAGCCCAAGACUUCGCUCUCUUAGUGAGACAACAGUCCAGGAUAUACUGCGGUGGCUUGAUCGAAGUCGUAGGUGAUUCGACGGACGCUUACAUACAGGUUCUACAUCAGACUGUAGAAGAUUUCGUACGAGAUCCAAAGUUUAAGAGAUCGGUGCUUGGAGAUCGAGCGAAGAUUACAGUUGAGAAUGGCAAUACGUUCCUCGCAAAAGGAUGUUUUCUCAGCGAGGCCUAUCAGCUCCGCCAGUUCUAUACUGCAGAAUACACACGUCCGCAAUCCAUCUCUUCUACCCAAGUAGAAACCAUAUGGCAAUCUACUGCCCGUGGUACUACUCAGCGACCUCAUGGGAUCUAUUCCAGAGCCGCAGAACAAACGAGUGGCCGCAGCAUCAAGACUUUCCUUGACAGUAUCCCAAACGGGCUGUUGACAUUGCUAUGCCCGAUCUCCAACACUCAGACGACCCCCCUUGCUUACGCGGCUUCGACUGGCCUCCGUUUGUACAUCGUGGAAUCGCUGGCACGUACUCCCAAUCUCCUGCGGGACUCCCGUGAGAGUCUCCUGACCUAUGUCAUCAACCCGCAAGUUUCACUCAAGGACGAAGAUUUUGUUCAAACAGCCCGACUCCUCCUGGACAAUGGGUACACAUUCCACCAAGAUCCAGACGCAUUCAGCACUCUAGUUUUGAAAAUAUUUCAAGGAGAAGAUAUGGAUCUGUUAGUGAACGAGAACGAGGAGAUGACGGUUGAGGAUCUUCACAUAGGACUUGCUGGCUUUCUUCUAGAACGUGGAGCUUGUGUCGACACCAGAGUCCGCAUGAAUGACAAGGGUGCCCAAUGUACUCCACUACACAUAAGCACAUUAUCCUUAGCCAGGUUGCUUUUGGAGAAAGGCGCUCAGGUUAAUGCUUUGGACUCGGACAAAAGGACACCCCUCGACUACGUGUGUUCCAGAAAGGUGGGAUGGGGGCCUAACCUAUCUGGAACUGGGAAAUACGAUUGGGACGAGCGUCAGAUGACUUUCGAGGAACUAUACGAUUUGACCUGCCUUUUAGCGACAAGUGGAGGCAAGGUCAAGAAAACGAAGGUCAGAUCCAUGAAGCUACGCCUUGACGAGUACGCUAUGAAAGGCUGGGCAACGUCGAACCUACGAGAGAGUCUCAUUCCUCCACGGAAAUCACGUUGCUCGGUGCAGUGA